ACCCUCCAUUCGUUAGGGUUACACCAAUCGACUCUAAAAAAUGUUACGGCAACAAAAAAAAAAAAAAAAAAUAGAAAUUCCCCGAAAAAAUGAAUGUCCAGAAGAAAGCCUUUAAUCAUUCAUAACUUCGCACCAUCAACAAAAUAAUCGUAACGCAAUAGCCUCAAACGAAUAGCUUUCUCUUGAGUAUGACGGAUUACGAUGAUGCGAAUGUUAACGAGAAAAACAUGAAGAUUUUCAUCAGAAUUCUUCCAGUUGAGAGACCGUGUAAAUCGUGCGUGAGAAUCGACAUCGAACGCAAGAAGGUCUACGUACGGUGUCUACAAGAAAUGCAACCAAAUAGAAUAGCCGUUUCGAAGAAACCAACUUACUGGUGCUUUCAAACAGAUGGAAUAUUUUGUGACUCUUCGCAAGAAGAGGUUUACCAUGUUACAACCGAAGACCUCGCGCCAAAAAUUUUAGACGGUGUGAGCUGUAUUUUGAUGGGCUACGGACAAAGUGGUUCAGGAAAGAGUUUCACCAUGAGCGGUCUGAGAAACAACUGGGAACACAGAGGCCUGGUCACUCGACUUCUGUCCCGAAUGUUCGCUGAAAAAGCGAACAGAACGGAAGUCAGCAAGAUAGAGUACCAUGUCAGCUUUGUCGAGUUGUACGGGAAAGAGGCGAGAGAUUUACUGGUCUCUGACACGGAUAACAAUAAAGUCAAGAUAAACGAUCGAGAACCCUUCAAGGAUAUCUCCGUGGUGUGCAUGGAUAACGAAAAAGAAGGUUUGAAGAGAAUUUUCGAAGGGGAAGUCAGAAGAUCGAUUGCGAAAGAAUCGGCUUAUCCGGCGUCUCAUUUAGCCACGUCUGUGAUUACCUUUCACGUGUCUAACACGAGCCUAAUUACAUCCUGGGGCAUUGUAACCACAGCCAAAGUACAUAUCGUGGAAGCAGCUGGCACAGGAACAGUGGGAAGAAAUAAUUGUGGGAAACCGGCCGUGGAUAUAGGUGUGGCGAAUUUAAUGAAGACUGAGCUCGAGCAAUUCUUUUCGUAUGUAGGAAGAUCAAGAUCAUCCGUCGUUAACGUAAUACGCUCCAGUAAUUUGCUGAAGAUUUUGGGAAAUACUCUUUUGGUCUCUUCCAUAAUUCGGUUGAUAUCUCACAUUCGGAUCACAAGAGAAGAUCUUGACAUCACAUUGUCGACUUUAAAAUUCACUGCUAAAAUUGCAAGAUUAAAACCGGUCAGGAUAAAAGAAGAUAUUAAAUAUCAAUCAGAUUUGAUAGUGCAUAAGCUCCGAGAGGACGUUAAUGCGUUGAAGAAGGAACUGAUGUUGAACGAUAUGCUUCUGCAUCAAGAAGCAUUCAUGAAUAUCUCGAAGGCCCGGAUGGAACAGAUCAAUCGGAGUAUUCUUCUAUUUUUAAACGGCAAGAUUUCGGAUUUUACGUUGUUUAGUGUGUCUCAGGCUCAAGUAUUGCUAAAGAAUAUCAAGGAUCUAUAUAACAGAUUAAGCGUCAAGGAAGUUGAAGUUGACAAGUUAAAGGAGACGUACGAGGGUUUAGUGAAAAGUAUAGCGGAAGCUACCCCAGCAGAAAGUCUACUUAAGGAAAUUGAAUUAUCCGAAGAUGAAGUCAGUAAACGGAAACGAGUUAGGAGUUCCGCAGAAGAUUUUAAAACUGAAGAAGAUACGAAAAAGUUAGAAGAAAGAGUUGGUAGUUUAGAUAAAUCUACGAUAGGCGUGACUUUAGGCCCCUACGCAGAUGUACUCUCUCCCGACAAAAGUCUGGAAUACAGACAUUCAGCAAUGUCUAAACAAAUUCUGAAAAUUAAUAGCGAGAAUAUUAUGACGGUUCGACGUUUAUUUGAUUCUUUCUUAAAAGAGGAACUAAAAUAUGCAAAAAUGAAGGAAAUAUUUGAUAGAAACGAAAGGACUCUUGCCGUUGUUCGACAAAGAUUUACAAACAUGGUUGAUAAAUAUUUCCAGGCAAAGAGAAAUUUAGACGAUGCACGAGAUAAACUUAGCAAACAUCAGCAAAUUCGACAGAUAAUGAAAUUAGAAAGUCCAGAGGAGAUCAAAACAAUAUAUGAAAUCGAAAGAACGAUCGAGCGAGAUAUUUCGUGUUAUCAAAAAGUGUUAAUCAAUUUAGAAGAAGAAGUCGAUCAAGCUCGUCGUGAAAUUGUCACGUUAUCCAAUCAACAUCUUGAAAUGAAAUCGAAAUUGGAAUCCGGUUUUCGAGACUAUAGCGAAAGAAAUGCCUAUUUAUUGCAUUAUACUGAUAAAUCGAUGAAAGCAUUACUAAAAUCUGAGAAAAAAUCGUUCGAUAUGAUUCGGCACAAGUUUGACAAGUUUCAACGAGAAAUAUUGCGUAAAACAGAGGAAACAGAGAAAAGGAAGAAAGCACGACUUGACAAUAAAGGGACGUGCGCUAGUACUAAUCUGUAGCUAACAAAAAUAUUAUCUUCUUAGCAAUAAGUACUAAUAUUUAAUAAAUC